AUGGUCUCUACUGGGGUGUUUUUCGGCUUGGGAGACUGUUUGGCCCAGGCCUUGUUCCCACACCAUAUAGACGACGAUGUCAACAAGGGAACCGAGUUCCACUAUCAGCGAACCAUCCGUGCCAGUAUCUACGGCCUGCUUAUUUUUGCCCCACUCAGUGUCAAGUGGCACCGUAUGACGCUUCCCUACUUGAGGAGUCCGUUUAUGCUGGCAGUUAGAAGAGCUCGUCUGACCCCUACUCACAUAGAUGUGCAUGACAACUUGUUCAGACUUGCCCUAGAUGCCUUGCUCAUGCCUGGACUUGUGUGGAUUCCCUUAUACAACACAGCCAUGUCGGCAUUAGCGUUGCAUGAGGAUCCUUUCAAGGUGGCUACGGACAAGCUUCGAAACAACUGGUGGAACGUGCUUCGGGCAAGUUGGACGGUGUGGACGCCUUUGCAACUUGUGAACUUAUUUUUUGUGCCAGUGCAUCUAAGGAUUGUGCUAGCCAACGUGUGGUCCAUUGGCUGGAACUGCUUCUUGAGUUUCGUGCAUAACACCAAGGGUCACGGUAAAGGCAGCGGCCUGUUGGUGGAGGAGUUGGUUGACAUUGAAUCUGCCGACGAGGAGCAGACAAUGGUAUACGCCUAG